CUAAGAAACACAUGAAUGACCCCCCCACUACACCCGCAUAUAACAUGACAUAUAACUCUUGAAGCCAAAAAUAUCCGUUUAAAGUGUGUUCCAAGCUGCGCAGACGCGCGUCGGCUGUGCGCCUUCGGGGUUUGGAUGGAAACGGUUUCACUUGCGGCCAUGCUGCACGGCUCAUCCUGAUCCUCAUAUCAGGUUCAUCCUGCCGGUGUUCUGAAACCGAUCAAACACUCAGACAGUCUGCUUCUGCUGCGGGAGGACAUGUCCCCGUUAUUCAUGGACUCUGGAUACGACUACAACAGCCCCGGUUCAGAGUCAGCGGAGGACAGUCACAGCAACACAGGAGGCUCGGAGAGAGAAGAUGGACGUCCUUCAUCGAACAGAGGGUCUAAAAGGAGGCAGAAGAACCGAGACGCCGCGAGGAAGAGUCGGAGAAAACAAACGGAGAGGGCGGACGAGCUUCAUGAGGAGCUCCAAAGACUCGAGCGCUCCAACUCGGCUUUGGAAAAAGAAAUCAAAAUACUAAAGCGAGACCUGCAUGUGUAUACGAUAACUCUGGAACGCCAUGAGCCUCACUGCUGCAUCAAAGCCUCCGGGUCCGGCUCCUCCUCAUCCUCCCAUCUCAUGGUUUCCACCUCACAGGCUCCUUCCAGCUCCUCCAGUCCUAAAACCUCUUCACAAACAUCCGGCUCCACUUUGGCUCCUCUCCAGCCAAUCUCCAGUGCCUUAACCUCCAACCUGAGCCUCCGAGGCCUUGACUCUCUCUUACCUCCACCAACAUUAGCCUCAUCUCCUGAACUCUUUGACACUUCCUGCUCGCCGCCGCCACCUUAUUCCUUCCCUACAGUCCCAGCUGCUCACUCUUUGUUCAGCAAAGAGAAUGUAAUCACUCCGCUUCCACUGGAUGCCGCGCCCAUCUGCACCGGCCUCGUCUCAAACCCUCUACCCUCCACAGACUCUCAGCCUCAUUCUCGACAAGACACUGUACGUCAAAGGUCUUCAGCAGCAGCAAACCCUUUUUGUCAGCUGAGCGACCCAGGUGUUUUUAGUACCUCCUCUUACACUGUUCCCGUCACGCUUCACUCUGCUGCUCCUCAGACUCUCCAGACGUCUAAUGUGGUGCCUCCUUAUCUCCAUUUAAGACCUCCAGCAGUAGGAAGUGCCGGCCUAGAACCCCCCCUGUUUCCUCCACAUCCAAACACUUUAAGUCCACCAUGUGCUCUUCUAUCGUCAUCUUUCCAGGAUCCUGCUCUUCAGUUGCUCUCAGUGUCCCCCCAGACAAACCUAGAACAUCCCCCUGCCCCUACAUUUGACUUAAAACCCACUCAACAUCAGCAAACACCCCCUAAUCCCACACCCCUGCUUUCCUUCCUCACAGUCCCCAGUCCCAUUAAUGUUCAUCAGACUACCUCUAGUGACUUAGAUGGAUCUUCCGUAGAAACCUCAAGUGAUCUUUCCCUUUCUAAGUUAUUAGAGGGCAAUGACUGGAUACUGAGUGGGAAUUAGUCGCACUACAAGCCAAACGACAAGAUGUCCAAUAAUACAGUGCCAAAAGCUUUCUUUCUGUGUCAAAACUAGGCCUGCAAGAACAUGGAAUGUACGGUUUUCUGAGAUUUGCUUCUUAAAAUGCACAUGUCAGUAUCAAAAGAGUUACUUACAAGUCUGUAGUCUACCAAGCUGAAACAAUUUUGAACUAAAAUUCCAGGAACUUAUUACAUAUUCUGAAAUAAACGGACAUCAAACUUUAUUAAAUGAUGAGAAGACCACAAAAUGAGUCAACAUUUUAAGUUGAGAUUGGGUGGAGUGCACACUUCUGUUCUGUUCUGUAACUUCUAGGAAAUGCGAUUAGGAGACAUGUCCAUGCGUGUUUGCAUUCUCAGCGUCAAUAUGUGACAAAGUUAAUGUAACGGUUCCUUUUACAGCACCUCAGUUUCCAAGUAUUAACUCAGAAAAUAUACGGUAAAUUAUAUCUUUUAUGUAUAUGCAUAUCAGUAAUGAAUAUGCAGAAAUAUACAGAGAAGCUACAGCUGAAAUACUAAGAAAAACUCUACUAAGUAGGGUGGUGUUACUACUUUAUGUAUCAACAGCAAUUUUUUUGCAAAGCUUCCUGUAUUAAUGAUGAGUAAUAAUGAAUGUUUUUCUUAAUAUUUCAGUAGUUUCUCUGUAUUUAUCUUCUUAUUGAGAGAGUUUUAACUAUCUGACUAUAUAAUCUAAUGUGCUAUAUAUUAACAGAAUAAUUAGCAGUGGCAGCUGGUUUAAUGUGACAAAAAUAUGCCUUAAAUUAAAAAAAAAAUAUUUAAGUCAUUAUGUCCUGUAGUUCUGGCAAACAUUCAUUUGAGUUAUUUUUAUUGUGUUUAGUUGAGUUUUAUGUGAAUGUGUUCAUUUUCUUGUCAAAGGAGUGUGUAUGUGGCUCCAAAAAACAGGUGACAUGAGGCUAUACUGUCAUUAGUGGAUGAAGGAUUCACCUGUGGGGGCUAAUUUCACUAACCUGUAGCCAAUCAGAAUUGUUUUUUAUUUUCUUUACCUUAUGGGAUAUUUUUUUUUUGCUGGAUUCCAAAUUGUGUCCAGUGAGAUGUGUAUGCUUUCAGGACACAACGCCCAAGAUUAACCUGCUGCAAAUGUCACAGGUAAUAAAGCUUUGUUCUGUUUAUUAUGAGGCAAAAUACGUCUUUGCUAUUUAAGUGUGUGGCAGUGUAGGGGUUCAAUUCGGUAACUGGUUUGUGUGUACAAGUGGUUAUGUUGUAGGGUUAUGGAAAAUAAGAGUUUAAAUCAUGCAAAGUACAUCAAGUUCUAGAAUUUAAGCACUAAAAUGCAAGUGAAGUUCGGUCAGACACUGGCGUUUCUAAACUCUUCAUACCAGUCCCACUACUGGAAAUUAAGAGACUGUAAAAGGAAAUAUUACAAUAAAUGCUGCAUAGUGUAAUCAUAUGUUGACUUUUCAAGAUCUUUACCUCACACAGAGUAUCGGAGGAUUUGGUGCUAUUUCAACUCUGCAUUAUAUGUUGCAAUAUUAGAAUGUGGAAAAAAAUGCUCUUUUUCUUUUUAUGUCAGUGUAUAGAAUUAUGUCUUUGCAUUUCAAAUGACUUGAUUUUAACUUAACGUGCCAAUGCUUUUUACCUUUGAAUGUAUAAACACAGAUUAUACUUUAAACUGACCAGAAACAGCUGUUACCGCGUGUCUACGUCAGAUUUAAUCACUUUAGAUAACUUCAUUCAGCUCUAACUGACCUGAAAGCUAAAGAACCAAAGGUGGCUGAAACCUGCUGUUGUAAUUUAUGGGGGUUAGAAAAUGGGUUGUGUGAGUUUGAUUCUAUUUAAAUGACAAAUUUGUGUUUUCAGAUGCUGAUUUUGGACAUAAUAUGUAGAUUUUUCUGUAUGUUUCUGUCAGUGCAUUAUAAGAGAUGAGUGUUAAGAUGCUUUUUUUUGUCUGAAUAUGGAGUAUUUUGAAUUUAUCAUGUCAGAUUAAUAUAUUCAUGCUGCUUUAGGGGUUGUGACAAGAAGAUGUGCACAUAAUAAAGGUGUUAUACUGUUCAAGUAUUUUAUUCAGAGUAAGCUAUUCUUUAAAACACAUAUCUGUGGUUGGAUUGCAUGUGUGAGGACCUUUCUGAACAUCCACCUCAUCUACUUCUGCUUUAAAAUGUUGCAAGGCAGCAGAUUAUUGAUUUUUGUGGUAAUUAUAGAA